AUGAGAGAAGAGGUGUCCUGCACCAACUCCCCCGAAGGAGGUCUGGGGGCCAGCGAGGAGGAACUGGAAAGAGCAUCGAAGAAGAGCCUCCAAGCAGGAAAUCGAAAACGUUCCCCUUACCCCAAGAAGGACAGCCUGGGUCAGGCGGAGGAGAGCAGCACCGGCAGCCCCACCAGCCUGCUGCCGUCCGGUCCCAAGAAGGUGAAGAAAAGCCCCACAACGGUGGUGUCGUUGGCGCCCACGUCGCUGGGCCCCAGGCUGGACCAGCCAUUCGAGGACCUCCACUCUCAGCGCGUCAUUGCCAACGUGCGGGAGCGCCAACGCACUCAGUCGCUGAACGACGCCUUUGCUUCUCUACGCAAAAUCAUCCCCACGCUACCUUCAGACAAACUGAGCAAGAUCCAGAUCCUGAAGCUGGCCUCGCGCUACAUCGACUUCCUCUACCAGGUGCUGCAGAGCGACGAGAUGGACGCCAAGCUGGCCAGCUGCAACUACCUGGCUCACGAAAGACUGAGCUACGCCUUCUCCGUCUGGAGGAUGGAGGGGGCCUGGGCCAUGUCCACCAGCCACUAGGACCCCAUCCAACUUUUCUCCUAAACCCUCUCGU